GAUUACUCACUUUUAAUUUUAUAGCAUUCAAGACAUGACGUUUUUUAUUUUAAAAUACAGAAAAAAGUUGUAAAUUCCAAACAAAAGCUCAGUGAAAAUUUAUAGCGCAUUCCUAUUCCUAAAAUGUCAGUGAAACCCAGAAAAUCUGAGUUCAAUAAAAAGGGAGUUGCUUUUGGCUUGGAACUCUACAAAAAUGUUCGUGCAAUUUCCAAACCGACAAAUACUGUCCUAUCUCCUGUUUCCAUUCAUUUGGCACUAGGAUUGACCUAUAUGGGUGCUUCCGGAGAAACUCAGCGAGAGAUGAAGCGGGUCCUUCGGCUUGAAGAUGACAAAACAUUGACUGGAAAGUCGUUUUAUGGUGUUCUUUGCAAAUACCAAAAAAAUCCCAAUAUUGUAAUUGCUAACAAGUUAUACGUGCAGCAAGGCUUUGAGAUCAAAGCAGAAAUGAAUCAGGUAGCGAAAAAAUGGUUCAAAUCGGAAAUUGAAGCUGUCGACUUUUCCGAACAGGCUAGUGCCGCUGAAACUGUUAACAAAUGGAUUAAAGAGAAAACCGGCGGCAAAAUAACAGACAUAGUUAACCAGGAUGCCUUCGAACCCAAUACAGUGUUGAUUUUAUUAAAUGCUCUGUACUUUAAGUGCAACUGGAAACAUCCCUUUGAUAUGAAUACGGAAGAGGGACAUUUCUGGUUAAAUGACGGGGAAUCUAUGAAAGUCACAAUGAUGAAGCAAAGAAGCAUGAAAGCCAGUUACGCAGAAUUCGGUGACUUGGAUAGUAUUGCAGUGCAAUUACCCUUUGCGGACGAAGAUCUGUCAAUGCUUAUUCUCUUGCCCAAUAACAAAACUGGACUGGAUGCCCUAGAAGCAAAGUUGGUUGGCCUCGAUUUACCGCAGCGGAGAAAGCAAAUGAUGCAGGAGACUGUUAAGAUUACAAUGCCGCUAUUUCGAGUUGAAUUUGAACAAAACCUAAACGACGCUUUAAAAAAGAUGGGAUUGGCCUCUAUGUUCAAUACAAACGAUGCCAACUUCUCCGAACUUAUCGAAGAUGGAGGUGAUAACUUUUUCGUAAGCAAAGUUGUUCAUAAAACAUUCAUUGACGUUAACACAGGAGGAGUGGAAGCAGCAGCAGCCACAACCGUGGAAAUAAUCCCCAGAGCGUCUCCUGAAUUACCAAAAGAUAUAUUGGUAGACCAUCCAUUCCUCUUUGCUUUAUUUUCAAAGAAACAUCGGCUUUUCUUCGUUGGAAGCAUACGAAACCCUCAAGAUAAGAUGUAGCAUUCAAUCAACAGUUCAUGGUUGGGUAACAUUCUUUUUUCUUUAGUUCGAGGAGUUAAACCACAAUUGCAAAUGAAUCUUAUUAAGGCCAUAAAUGUAAAUGGAAAGGAGAUUCCUCAGGUCAAGGGAUUUCUAAUUUGCGACAUCAACUACUACUUUUGCAGGGUAGAUUGCAAGAUUAAACUAUGAACCGAUACGAAAGAUUUUAAAGCGCUAACGUCAUAUUGAAUACCAUGUUUCAGAUCAGUUCAAUCAAUAAUAUUUUAUUUUAUAUUAAUAUUUUACCAAUUAUGCUUGUAUUUCAAAAUUUCUUUCAUUCCAAAAUAAAUACCUUUUUAACGUUUUA